AUGUCCGUUGCAAGCAAAUCAAUGUUACGCCCAGCCUCACUUCUUUAUCGUGCAUUUUAUUCAAAUGUUCUUCGGCAAACUCGUGCACCAUUGACGACUAGUAGUCAACGUCGCGCUGAGUUAACGAAUGUAGAUCCAUCCAAGAGUCUACCUGCUGAAGAAGCCAAGCCUGUAGAAAAAUCAUUUGAUAGUGUUCCUGUACAUCUUGGUAGUAUAGCAAAAGUAGUGAUGGUUUUAGGUGGACUUUACGGGCGCUAUCGUGAUGUUCCUGAUAGUAUGCCUAAUCGUGUAUAUCAGAAAACUAAAGAUAAAUUUCGAGCACGCUGUGUUGUUUUAUCGCUCUUCGGCACUGCUCUUCUUGCUUAUGUAGCAGCAACACGUGGUAAAUCUGCGCGUCAAGAAGGCAAACGAUAUACUGAUAGUGUUUAUGAUAUGCAUCGUGGAUCAUCUCGGCUGCAUGAACAAUUAGAAGCCAAACACAACAGUUCAGUACAUCAUGAACGAUAUUCACCCUUGCAAGAUGAAAUUAAUAAAUAA